AUCAUUAUAGUUGGAAAUAUAAAUAAAUUAGAAUAAACAGGAUUAAAAUUUAAGAAUUAAAAAUUCAGAUCAUUGCUAUUUGCUUCUCGGCUAAUAAUCGUCAGUGACCUAGUUUAUUAGACUAAAAAAUAUUGUAAAUUACACGAAAAUCAUGAACAAUUCAAUGACACUAUAAUAUUGAAAUAUUGAAUACACGGGCUGUCGGGUUACAAACACAAAUGACAUCAUAGGCCACAGCAAAUGAAGAUAAAAUAUCUUCAUUUUGCUAAGUGGACGAACGAAAACAUCAUAUGGCUUUUAUAAACGAUUUUGAUAUUUGUUUCACUACGCAAACAGUAUYCAAACUACCUAUUAAGAGUUUUUUCAAGAUGUGGUAGUCAAUGGGAGUUGCAGACAAUUAAAAAUGGUAGACUCAAACACUAAGGAUGAAGAAACCUUAGUUGAAGACUCUUCAAUAAUCACAUCAUUUACAAAGAUCAGUACUGCUCUUUUCUAUGCUGCUGCAUCCAUGUUGAUCACCGUAGUAAAUAAAUCCGUUUUAACCAGUUACGGGUUUCCAUCCUUCCAGUUUCUAGCCAUUUGCCAAAUGUUUAUGACAAUUUUUGUACUGUUUUCAGCCAAAAGUCUUGGAAAAUUAAAAUUUCCAGACUUAAAUAGGCACACGUUUAAAGAUACGUUUCCAAUGCCUCUGAUAUAUUUAGGUAACAUGGAGUUUGGUUUGGGUGGCACCAAAGAAUUAAGCUUGCCUAUGUUCACCAUGUUGAGACGUUUCUCUAUACUWAUAACCAUGUUGGGUGAAUACUAUUUGCUCAACAUUAAACCAAAGUUCUCUGUAAAGAUAUCGGUUGGUAUGAUGGUCUCUGGUGCUGUUAUUGCAGCAAGUAAUGACCUAGGAUUUAAUUUAAACGGAUACAUGUUUGUAUUGUUUAAUGAUUUCCUGACAGCAGCAAAUGGAGUAUUUACAAAGAAGAAAUUAAACUCCAAAAAAGAAAUGGGCAAAUAUGGACUUAUGUAUUACUCAUCAUUGUUCAUGAUACCACCAGCAUUAAUACUGUUGUAUUUUUCGGGUGAUCUAGAUAAAGUAUACAGAUUCAGUUAUUGGUUGCAUACACCGUUUUUAAUCCAAAUUUUCAUCUCAUCAAUAAUGGGCUUUAUAUUAAAUUAUAGCAUAAUGUUGUGUACUCAGUACAAUUCAGCUUUGACAACAACAAUCAUUGGAUGCCUUAAAAAUAUAUUUGUCACUUAUAUGGGUAUGUUUAUUGGUGGUGACUAUGUAUACACAUUGAAUAAUUUCAUUGGUAUCAAUAUUAGUGUUAUUGGUAGUCUAUUUUACACUUAUGUCACAUUCAGACCAUCUACACCAUCCCAAAUAAAGUCGCCAAGUAUUAAUGUAUAAAACUAUGAUUUUUAUAAUAUUGUCUGAAUUAAAUCAAAUUACAUUUUUUAAU